AUGAGUAAACAUAAUACCAAGAGAAGUAUAGACUUUAUUAGAACUACAUAUAAUAUUGAGAGUAAGAGAAAAAAAGAUGAAGAUAAAAAAAAAGAAGGAAAUAUAAAAAACAUAAUUAAAUUAUUAAAUAAUUAUUAUAAUCAUGAUGAUAACUUAGAAGAUGUGAGUGAUUAUAUGGUGAGUUCUUAUAAGGACUUUUUAAUUGAAUGUAUAUAUAAAGAAAUAAAAAAUAAAAAUAUGAAUGAAGAAAAAAAUGAAAGAAAAGAUGAUAUUAUAAUAUUGAUAAGGAUAUGUUUAAAAAUAAUAAAAAAUAAUCAUGAGGAGUUUAAAUAUGGAAACAUAUAUUUUGUUUGUAUUAAUACAUUAUUUUUUUUAUUAAAUAAUAUAAUACACAAUGGAAAUAAUAAUCAUAAUAAUAAUAAUAUUAGUAGUAGUUGUACAUAUUAUUAUAUUAAUAAUGAUGAUAUGAUAAAUUUUAUGAUAUAUUCUUGCUUUGAUAUUUUCUUUAAUUUAAUAUCUAUAAAUAAUUGGACAAAACAAAAUGACCACAUACAUAUUUUUUCAAAAUUAAAUUUUAUGCAUUUUUUUAUUAUAUCAAACAUAUUUAAAAAAUUAUUAAUUCAAACAGAUGAUACAAUUUAUGAGCUACCCUUUAAUUAUUAUAUUAUUAAUAUGAUAAUAAAAAAUGUAGAUAUAUAUGAAGUUGAUGAUAAUAUUAUUGAGAAAAAUAAAAAUGAAGAUAAUGUUGAAAAGAAACAUAAUCUUUUUAAUACAGAAGGGGAUAAUCUAUUUAUAAAAUCUUUAAAAAAUAGAAAUAAUAUCUUACAAAAAAAAAAUGAUCAUAUAGAUGAUGAUAAUAAUAUAUUUCCUUCUAGUUAUGUGUCAUCUGAUGGUUAUAUGAAUGAUUAUUAUAGGACUUAUAAAAAGUUUAAAAGGAGUAGUGAAUAUAUAAUGAAAGAAAAAAAACAAAAACAAAAUGUAGACAAUAGUAAUGAGACUAAUAUAUAUGAUAUAAAUAGUAUAAAUAGUAUAAAUAAUAUAAAUAGUGUAUAUAUUAUUAAUAAUUUAUAUAAUAAUUUUUGGGUGAUGUUAAAAAAUUUUAAUAUAUCAAAUAGUCAUCAUAUAUAUCAUGAGAUUGUUUUUAAAAUAUAUAGUACAAUUAUAAAUCUAAUUAUAAAUAAUGAUUUGACAAUAUAUAUAAUAAACGAAUGUGUAAAUAUAAUAUUAAAUAUGUGUAAUAUAUCUAAACAAGAUAAAAUUAUUUUUGACAUUUUAUCAGUUUAUAAAUUUUAUAUUAAGAAUAAACAAAAAAUGUUAGAAAGAUAUAUUAUUUUUAUAUUUCAUUUAAUUAAUAAAAUAACAGAUGAAGAAAAAAAAAGUUUUUUUUGUCAUUUGAUAAAACCAGUAAAUAUCUUUUUUUAUUUAUUACAAUCUGAAUGUUCAGAAAUACGAAUGUGUGUAAAAGAAUAUUUAUUGUCACAUAAGUUAUAUAAAAAAAAUGAAAACAACAAAAAAGAAAUUAUAUCAUCAAAUAAUAAUACGAUUAUAUAUAAUAAUGAUAAAUAUUAUCACAUUUUUGAUCUACUUUUUGAAGAAUAUCCAUUGAACAAGUUGAAUAUUUUUAAUAUGACUAAUACAUUGGACCAUUCAAAUAUUUGUUUACAAUUUGUAAAUUCUUUAUAUUUAAUUUUUUUUCAUUUUAAAUAUAUUCUAGAAAUAUAUAAACAUCCAAAUGAAGAUUUUAUUAUAACAUAUGAUUUAUUUUUUAAAGAUCUAGGUACCGAUUCUGUUUUUAAGAAUUAUUUAAAACAACAAAUAAAUAUGAAAAAAGAAAAAAUAUUUUUUAAAUAUAAUAAUAUAAUAUCUUCAGAUAAAUAUAUUAUUAUAAAAAAUAAUAUAAUAGAAAUAGAAAUACUUAUUAAAACAAUUGAUAUAUAUAUAAAUUUUUUAAAUCGUCAUAAUAUUAUUAAAUAUCUAUCAUUAUGUAUUAUAUAUUUUAUUUUCUUUUUUAUAAAAAUAUUAAAAUAUAUUAAUAAAAUAUACUAUCAACAACAUAUUCAGCAUAAUAUCUCAAAAGAAUUUUUUUUUGUUAUUAAAAAUUUAUUUAUUCAAUCUAUAUAUGUCUUUGAAAUAUUAAUCCACAAAAAAUUAUGGAAACAAAUAAAUAAUGUCUUGUUGGAAUAUAUUUUAAAAUUACAAGAUGAUAAAAUAAAAAAUAAAAAACAAAAAAAAAAAGAAAGUGUAAACAUAUAUGAUAUAUAUAAUAUUAUCAAUAAAAAAUAUAUUAUUAAUUAUAUAAAUAAUAAUAGUACUUCAGAUGGAUCAAAUGAACAACCUCUCAAUAUAUUAAUAAAAAAAUUAUAUCUUACAAUUAUAAACUUUUUAAUUCCAAAAACAUAUAAAAAUAAAAUAAUACAAUCAAAUGUUUUUUCUGGACAUAUAAUUAAUAAUAAUAAUAAUAAUAAUAAAAAUAAAAAUAAUGACAUGAAUAUUAUGAACAAUUAUAUAAAUAUAGAAUGGCCCUUUUUUAAUAUUUCUAAUUUUUAUUUUUUUAAUAAGCUAUUAUUAAAUAUAUCCUAUUUUUUCUAUCAAAAUAAUAUGUGUGAAAAUUUUAUGGGUAUAUUUUUUUUUGACUCUAUAUAUAAAAGAAUAAAAGAAAAAAUAAUUCAAGAACAAUCAGAUAUUUUCAUAUUAUUAAAUAAGAAAAAAAUUCAUAUGGAUGAAAUUCAAAAUGAUAAUACCAAAAAAAAAAAUAUAAGUUUAGAAUAUAAAAAAAAAAUAUAUAUUUCUUAUAAAUUGUCAUGUUAUAUAUCUUUUUGUUUACAUUUCUUAAAGAAAAUCCUUUUAAUUGAAGAUAAAUUAUAUAACCUAUUGAAUAGGAGUAAAUAUAAAAAGGGUAUUAUAAAUAUAUGUAAGCUACAAUUAUGUAUGUAUGAAUUUUUUUUACCAGCUAGGUCUACAAAUAAUGGUUUUUCUUCAUCUAUUCUUGUUCUUUAUUAUUUAUAUUUCAAGAUAUAUCAUAAUAAAAAUAAGAAUCAUAAAAUGGCUGUUCAGAUUUUAAGUUUAAUAUUUUACGCUACACAUAAAGCGUUGAAUAAUAUUAGGAGAAAUAAUAUAAUUAUUUAUAAGAAUGACAUAAGUGAGGAACAAACAAAAAAAAAAAAUAAUAAUAAUAAUAAUAAUAAUAAUAAUAAUAGUAGUAGUAGUAGUAGUAGUGGUAAUGUUUCCAAUUGUUUAGAUCUUAAAACAAGCUGUUAUGCUAAACAGAAUAGUGAGAACCAAUUUAUUAUCAACAAAAAUUUUGAAAAACCUUUUGAAGAAUAUUAUUUAAAUAAUUCCUCUCAUGUAUUCAUAACAGGAUUGAAUGUGUUAACAAAUAUAAUUAAAUUAAUGAUAAUAAAAUAUGAUAUAGUUGAUAAGAAUAAUAUAAUAAUUAAAGGUUCGAAUAUUCUGAGCACAAAAAAAAAAAAAAAAAAAAAAAAAAAAAAAAUUAUUACUGUUUAUUAUAAAUACUUGUAUAAACUAUAUAAUGUUCUUAUGAAAAAAACUAAAGAUGAUUUUUUCUAUAGUACAAGAAAAUAUAUAUUAGAAUAUAUUAAGCAUUUUAUUAUAUUAAAUACGGUUUUAAAUUUGAAGUAUAAAUAUAGAAAUAAUAUAAAUUUUAAAAACAUUUUGAGUUUUUGUUUUUACAACUUAUUUACUGAUUAUGACGUGAGUGUUUUUUCGACAAUUCACUCUAUAGCUUUUUGUUUGAAGAAUUAUAUAAAUUUAUGUUCAUCGAAAAUUAAAAAGUCUCAUCAUUAUUUGAGAAGGGUUGACGAUUUGUUAUUUAAGGUUGUGCAGGAGUAUCAAAGCUAUGACACACCAGAAACAAAUUUGUGGGAGGAAUAUAUUUCAAAGAACGUAAGUUUUGAGACCUUGAAGCAUACAAAUGUCGAUUGUCCAGGAGAAUGA